UGAUGGUUGUUUCAGGUUAAGAUCUCCAAAUGAAAUCAUAAGGAUGGAUUAAAAGGAUACAACCAAACCCGGUGAUCAUUAGAUGCAUAUACACAAUUUUAAAGCACGUUUCACGGUUAGUUUACAUGUUCAUGGGAGAAACUCACAGCAAGUGUAUCCGGCACGUUCAGUAUUCGUCAACCAGCUAAUCAACCACGGUGAAUCCACUAAUGUCGCCAAAACAGUAGGCGCAGCAAGAGUUUCUAGCGCGUGAUGGAAGAGGAAGAGGCGCUCCGUGGGCUGUGGGAGGAGGUGAGGGAGGUGAGCUUGGGGACAACGCCGGCGGUGGAACGCCUGCAGUGCCCGCCCUACCCACUCGACUUCCUCCGCCACUUCGUCUCCCCUAACAGACCCUGCAUCAUCUCCAACGCCAUCUCACACUGGCCGGCCCUCUCCCACAACCGCUGGACCAACGACUACCUCUCCAACGCCCUCCGCCACUCCACCGUCUCCCUCCACCUCACUCCCAGUGGCCGCGCCGAUGCCCUCGCCCCCAUAUCCUCUUCCUCCUCGGACCUCUGCUUUGCCUCCUCGCAUGUUGAGCGCAUGCUCUUUCCGGACGCCCUCAGCCAUGUAAUAGCCAGCAGCAAUGGCGGCGGUUUGGUGGCCUACGCGCAGGAGCAGAACAAUUGCUUUAUUUCCGAGUAUUCUCCCCUCGUCACCGACGUUGAGACCCACAUCCCCUGGGCGACGGAAGCUCUUGGUUGCCUCCCUGAAGCCGUUAACCUCUGGAUCGGCAACCAUCUCUCUCACACCUCCUUCCACAAGGACCACUAUGAGAAUCUCUAUGCCGUCCUCUCCGGCGAGAAGCACUUCCUCCUCCUCCCACCCACUGACGUCCAUAGGAUGUACAUCAGAGACUACCCAUCUGCUCGCUACCACUACUCUAAGGAGAGCGGAGAGUUCACGCUGAAGCUGGAUGAACCGUUGAGGUAUGUGCCCUGGUGUAGCGUGGAUCCUUACCCAACAACAGAUUGCCUGAGGCAGGAGCAGAUCUCAUUGUACCCACGAUACUACAACGGGCCUGAACCAUUUUCUUGCACUGUGAAAGCUGGGGAGGUUCUUUAUCUUCCAAGCAUGUGGUUCCAUCAUGUAAGACAGACCCCCGAUUCAGAGGGACGGACAAUUGCUAUCAAUUACUGGUACGAUAUGCAGUUUGAUAUCAAGUAUGCAUACUUCAACUUUUUGCAAUCAAUUGGGUGAUAAACGAAUCUUGAGAAUAUCUGCCACGCUGCUUCACAGAGAGAUUUUGUCAAAAGAGCAACUGUCAUAGCAGCAGACAUUAAAUUAGUUGUGCCAUGACAAGAACGAAGACCUGCAAACGCAUGAUUUGCAACGAGAGUUCCUAAUCGUGUCCGGGAGUUCCUAAUCAUGCCCGAGAGUUCCUACAAUCAGCGAAGUGGUUUUUCGUAGCUAAGUCAGCCUCGUGGUUAUUCGAGGCUGCCACAGGCGAGUCGUGGAAACAGAUGAGUCCUGCAAUUUUGAUUAUUAUUUUUUUAGCUCUUGUACUUUGGAGAGGAUAAAAAUGGGAAUUAUGAGGAUUUUUUA